AUGCAGCCUGACACUUUAUGCAUUGACACAACAUUUGGGAGCAGAGACGAGCAACAAGACUGCAGCAGCUGUUGUCACAUCAGUUUGGCUGUGGUCGUAUCCAUAGCAGUGUGCGAUAUUUUGCUGACCAUCUUCAUAGCUUUAUCUAUAUUUUUUGUCGUGAGAUCCCACAGUAAUACAAAACGAGAACUUCCAGAUGCAAGAACACCAUCAAAAGAGAUGUCUGCCGAAGCCACCGAAUCGCCCUAUCAGGAAUUACAAGGCCCACAGUCGGAUGUGUAUUGUGAGCUGGACCACUUUAGGACGUAA